AUGGAGAUCUUCCUUGAUGCAGCAAUGAACAAGAUUCUUGUAUCAGUAGUUGUUGCCACUGUGCAUUACCCUAAUUUAUUCAUUCAGGUUGUGAAAAUGAUGAUUCUAGUCGUUGUUAUCUUUGCAAUCUGUUGGCUUCCGGUUCAUAUCUACUUCUUACUGGGACGAAGCUACAGCGAUGUAUUGUACAGUCAUCCUAAUGCCCGUGAGAUUUACAUGGCUGUGUUUUGGUUGGGAAUGAGUAAUUCAAUGUACAAUCCGUUCAUCUACUGUUGGCUGAACGAUAGAUUCCGGCGCGGCUUCAGGAAGGCCCUUCGGUGGCUGCCGUGUUUCAAAUGGGCGCCAGGUGAACGGGUCGAUUCUCAACGACCAGCAACUUUGAGCGGCACGUAUAAUACCAGUCUGGGUAUGAAAUUGAUGAGGAACGGAUCAGACAUAACAGCAACGGUCGACGAAUCCAUGCUACAGAACACGCUGUAA